CACUCCAUCAUAUAUUGGAGACCCUAAGCUAGCUUUGCGGACAUUUAUACAGACCCCCAUAUCUCCAUUUCUUUCCUAACAUCUUCCCACUCCAAAGUGCUUUCCCCUUCUUUCCUCUCUUCUCACUUUUUUUUUUUUCUUUCUUUCUUUCAUAUUUAUAAGCAUGUUAGGCAAAAGAUCUCGUCCGAUGAUCGGGAAGCUAUCAGAAUUAUUGGUUUCCGGCAACCGGUCGGGAUUUCGAGAUGCCGGCACAAGUCCAAGGAGUCCAUUAGACAUCAACAUGCAAUCACCAAGAGGUCUAAAGAAUUAUGAUCUUGGUGGGGUUGGAUUGGGUAUUGUUGCUGCCCUUGAGAAAUCUAGUAACAAUGGAUCAUGUGGACACGAAAUCUUGGCUAAAUAUGCUGUUUGGAGUUGCAAUCUAAAUCGAUCAAAUCCCAAAACAGUUAAUUCUAACAAAAUAUGUGAGAGAUUAAAAGGAGCAUAUGAGGAAUUUGGAGAAGGCAGCUCGGAGAACUAUACUUAUGUGACUUGUCAUGGACCUAACAUAUCCUUCACAAAGGCGUACUAUGAUCAUGGAGUUGAAUAUCGACAAAAUCCACAAGAAAUAAAUGGUCUUGAUAGAUGUAACAACUUGGGUAUUGCUGGGAACUCCUUGCCAACAUAUGGGAAAAUUGUUUCAGCGUAUCCAACUUCAGAUUUUCUCAGUUCGUGUCAUUUGUGCAGGAAAAACCUCCAUGGCAAAGACAUAUACAUGUACAGAGGAGAGAAAGCGUUUUGCAGCACGGAAUGUCGAACAAGGCAGAUAGUGAUGGAUGAGAAGAAAGAACAGUGCAGAUCGGAAGCACCGAGGUCUGCGGAUGUUUCAAGCUCACCGUACACAAGAGGACAGAUCUUCUCAACUGGGAUUCUCGCAAUUUAGGCAGCAUUAGAAGAUGACUACCAGAAAAGGGUUGUCAUGAAACGGCUAUUGAUCCAUACAUAAUAUACGAGAUUUAAUCAGCUUAAUUACUAUUCUCAACAACCAACAGAAGCAAAAAUGUAGAAAAUGAAAAAGAAAGAUUUUUAAUUGUAUUAUCCGAUUAGAGAGUAGAGAAGAGAGCUUGUGUGUAUAUGCUUCAAUGAGAUUAUGUAUGAACAGAGAAAAGCACAACUGCUAGAUUCAAAAUGAGUCUUGAACUUUUGGGUUUGCAGCUUUUUUCGUAUAAAUAA